AUGGCAAGAAAGUGCACAUCGACAACAGAAGAGGACAUGGAACGGCCGAAUGUCUUCCAGGAAUGGCUGGAUGCCCACAUGAAAAAGGAGGAUGCCCUCUAUCGCAAGCAGUACAAGAAAGAUCUCUUCAUCGACCUGUUGGAAUUCUACAACACCAUGCCCAUCUACAUCACAGAUCCGGCCAUAUUUCGCAAACAGUGCGCAACCGCCAUGAGUCAGGCCCCCGGCGCUGAAGAAUUUGUCCACAUGAUAGCCGACGUCAAGGAGAGAAACAUGGCUCACGCCGUCUCCUAUGCCCAGGACAGUUUCGCAAAGAAAGGCGGCCGCUGCCCCGGCCUGACCUGCCUCGUUUCUAUGGAUUCCAUGUUGGAUCUCGCAGGUGUUCCUGUCUACGAGGAUGCGUACGUGAGUGAUUCACCCACCCUGGAAGAGCUUAACCCUAAGUGGCUACCCUACAUCACGUACUACUUCCCGGAAGGGAUCGAGUACACUGGCGGUCUCCCACCUGAUUACUUGAGCUCGGAAGAGUCGGGCUCGGAUGAGGACUCGCAUUCUAACUACUCGGAAUCUGACGGAGACGAGGAAUCCGUCAAGCCUAAGAAGAGGCAAAAGCGCGGUGCAUCUCAGUCGACCACCGGCAGCCCUUCAACUUCAGCUAGCAAUGAGGGACGCAUCCUCCGAAACGAACAAGCGCCGACGAAAGGGUGA